GAGCGCGCAAGCGGUUGUUUUGUAAACAGCGAUGAAGCCCCGCCCACCAGCGUGCGCGCGACGGCAGCGGCGGCCUCGGCAGCGGCUCCCGCCCAAGCCCUCCCGGCAGUGGCUUUUCUGGGCCCUCUCACGGACCACUGUAUCGGCGGCCGGCGUACCGGCCGUUACCCUCCCCAGCAGCCCGUCCUCACCUCAGUCGCUUCCCCUUUUUCCCUUCCGUGCCACGUGGGGGGUCAGAGGACGGGCGCCACCUCCACUUCCUGUUCCGGGUUAUUGCGCCGAGCAUGACUCUUGUUUCCAUGGGUCUUCUAUUGGGCGGCUCAGGCCACCAGGCUCAUCGCUGCCCCAAGGGCCAGGUCUAGCAUCAGCUGGAGAGCCAGCCUUAACUUUGAAUCUCCUUUGGUGAAUGAACCCCUUCACAGAACUCCAAAAAUGUAAUUAUGUGGGGUCAAUACAAAUUUUGCAGUUGAUUUAAGGGGGAACUGGAACUGGGCCCCAAGAGAGCUUUGAAUGGCUGGUAAUUAACGGAGAAAGGACAGCUAGGCCAGAUGGUCAAGAAGGAAGUGGAGGAGUCAAGAGGCGCCAACUUUUCCCUGGAUGGCAGAUUGAUGACCCUAAAGCAAAGGCAUAUACCUCAAGGACAAGAUAAAGAGUGAAGCCAGAGGGACAAGAUAAGGAACAACUGCGGAUAACUCCCAGUAACAACCCAAAUAAUGCUGAUUGGAGCAACCUUGAACGCUCCGAUGUAACACAGCGAGUUCCAGAGGCUUGUAUGGGAACUUAUUACUAUAAAAGAAGGGUGUAUUGCCAUGGAACUUUGGGUUUUUUCUGCAUCAACAUUGGAGCUUCAAACACGUUUGACAGAGCCUAGCUCCCCCUCCCUCGUGUGAAGUUUCAUCUGGCCACUGGAACUGACCAAGCAACACUAAAGACUGUGUCGUUAGAAGGACGUGAUAGCUAAGGGAAGCAGCUGGAAACAUAAGGAAGUCACUCUGAACGCUACACUUCAGUCUUCCUUCAGCUGUGGAGGUUACAUCCACUACAGAGCUAUUUUCUUCCAACAGAAGCAAAUUGAUCUUUCUGUCCAAGGAUCUCAAGGCACAAGCAUUAAUGAAUCCAAGCUCACAAUGCUCCUGAGGCAGCAGCGUCUCUGAAGAUCUAAACAUAGAAGGGACAUUGCCAGAACGUAGCCAUACACUAUGGGGUUUCCUGAAAUGAUGCUGAGUGAAGAUUUUGACAACUACUCCUAUUUCUAUGAGUAUGAGGAAGAUGAACCACCCCAGUCCUACCUCAGUGUUGCACACAUCAUCUCUCUUUCCUUGUGCAGUGUGGCGUUUCUCUUGGGGGUGCCAGGAAAUGCCAUAGUCAUCUGGUUUAUGGGGUUUAAAUGGGAUAAAUCAGUCAGUACCCUCUGGUUCCUCAACCUGGCCAUUGCAGACUUCAUCUUUGUUCUUUUCCUGCCUCUCUACAUUACGUAUGUGGCCAUGGGCUUCCAUUGGCCCUUUGGGAAAUGGCUCUGCAAGACCAACUCCUUCAUUGCUUUACUAAAUAUGUUUGCCAGUGUCUUCUUCCUGACCAUCAUCAGCCUUGACCGCUAUAUCCGCCUGGUACACCCAGUCUUUUCCAACAAAUAUCGGACCCUAAGGAACACCCUCAUUCUGAGUGUGAUUAUUUGGAUCUCAGCUGCUGCUAUUGGUGCCCCUGCCUUACACUUCAGAGACACAAUUACCAUUCACAACUCCACUAUUUGCUAUAACAACUUCCAUCCGCAUGACAAAGAACUCAUCCUGAUGAGGCAUAAUAUUUUCAUUUGGGUGAGGUUUGUUUGUGGCUACCUCUUUCCCCUAGUGACCAUGGUCCUUUGUUACUCAUUUCUGGUUCUGAAGGUGAAGAAGAGAACCAUGCUGACUUCCAGCAGGCUUUUCUGGACCAUCCUUGCGGUAGUUGUAGCUUUUUUUGUUUGCUGGACCCCCUAUCACAUAUUUACCGUUCUGGAAUUAUCUGCUCACCAUAAUGAACGCUUCCAUGACUUGCUUCUCAGCGGUAUUCCCCUCUCUACUGGCCUGGCUUUCAUCAACAGCUGCCUCAAUCCAAUCCUCUAUGUUCUGAUUAGCAAGAAGUUCCAAACCCGUGUCAGGGCGACAGUUUCUGAGGCACUAAAACUUGCAGUCUGGGAGGUCAGCCGGUCUGCAACAGUCAGUGAACAACUGCGGAACUCUGACAACAGCUUUCCGGCUGUGCGGUAUUGUGAAACCACUCAGUGACCAGCUCGUAAAAAUCUCUUCCUCACUGCAUAUAACCAGCAGUAGAUUCACAGUCAAACAGAUGUGUAUCUUCGCUACGAAAAAGAACAGUGGGUUGAUUGCAAUCAAUUUAAUGCUGCACCCCAUGUUAGCUGGAUUUUCUUUCUUUUUUCUUUUUAAAGGCUGCAGAAUUUGGAUAGGAUGCUAGUUUGACGUAUAAAGGGCCUGCGUCAAAGCCCACUGCAAUCAGUGGGAUUUAGAUCAGAUAGAGAAAAACUCCCACUAUAAAUCCUGUUGUAUAAAUUCUAGAAGAGGUGUUGAAAGUGACACCUUCUCAACAUAAUCAUAUAUAACAAAAAUAUUUCUCUGUUGAAUUAUGUAGCACCUUAGAUCCAGGAGUUCUCAGCCUAGAGCUCACAUGCUUCCAAUAGUGCUAAAUAAGGAGAACUCCUCGUUAGAUCCCAGCUAGUGGGAGGAGGCCUGGCCUGAGUAGGAAAGGGGUCCCAAUAUAGAAAAGGGUCCCAAAUAUGGAAAAGGUUGAACAAGUGCUGUAGAUUAUUACAACAAAAAUCAAUUAACAUCCCCUGUUUAGUGGUUGAUGUUUCCUUACACACUGCUUGGACAACCCCAUACCCUGGGGUCUGAUACAUUGUGGCUUUCUAGUCAGUUUCAUUUUCUGGUUGUCCAUGUUUUUGAUGUCUUAUGGUGAGGAGGGGAUGUUUGAAUUUUUUUUCCCCUCUCCUGGAAACAUAAAGAAAUAACAUUUUUUUCCUAAUCAUAGUAUAGAUUGCAUGACCGCUGCCUCCCUCUACUACUACACUAGGGUUGCCAACUUUCUACUCGCAUAAAACCGAACAACCUUGCCCUGCCCCUUGCGCCAUCCCUUCUCUGAGGCCCUGAGUUUCCUGUUAGCUCAUGUAUACCCAGUAAAGGUAUAUUUUCAGCCAGCUUGAAUACAUGUAUGUACAAAACUAUACACACAUUCUUGCCUCAGUGUGUAAGAUUGGAGCUGUAACAUGGUUAUAAUACCAUAUGGCCUUGUCUACACAAGUUUACAGUGUAGAUGGGGCUCUCUAUAUAGAUUCAUGCAUAAUAUUCUUUUACACAAAAUAUUCUAUCACUUUGAACUAUAUUUGCACAAAUAUGAAUAGAUCAAUAUUGCCUGCAGCCACAUUUUGGUCUGAGUUCAUUAGGCCUCAUGAGCUGAACGAUGUUAGGCUGGAUCAGUACCAUCUCAGAAAUACACCUAAAUGCUAUAAAAUAUGACGUUGCUAAUUGGUUAGGUACCACUCUUUCCUGAGUCAUUACAGAACUAGUGCCUCAGCAAGGUGUUAUGAGCUUUGUGCUGUGGAAUAUGCCUUAACCAGAAGUUCUACCCUCUCUUCUUUAGGUUCCCUGGCAUUUUUUCCUAAGAGCAGGGUGUUAACCUUCUGCUGUUUUUGAAUACAGUAUUCUUCACUUCCUCUCCUCAGCAGAAAUGCACGGUUGCUGUCUGCUCUUAAAACAGCUCCUUUGUUCAACCCAAAGGGUUCUGGAAAAAUAAUCCAAGUAUAGUGGAUUUCUCAAUCUCAGUGGUAAGGCACAUUGCAGCAAUUCUCUUUGACAGAGUAGUUCAAGCCCUUAUUUUGCAUAGUCAAAAGGGUUAGCAAAGAAGUCAGUAAUUUUGUUUUUCAAAGCUGUGGAAUAUUCAAGAGAUCCAUGCUUAGUAUUGUUGGACUAUCACCAUGGUUUAUUAGGAACAGGAGUUCAGUGACCCAUGGGACAGGAGGACAUAAACCAACAUGUAGCAAGCUUCUUGAGCUUAUAACAACCCUGAAAUAGUUCUAAGAGAGGUACAGAUUUGAAGAGACAGCACAAGAAUGCCAGUUACUGCCACUGGAUAGGGAGAAAAGGACUGGCAACCUGCCCAAGUAAUUCACACCAAGGCACAGGCAUCAUAACUACUGCAUGAGCCACCUCUACAGGAGGAACAGAAGACAUCUAAACAAAACCAAGGAAGACACAGGCUUUGUUUCCUGAGGACAGAGAGAUUGAUGCUAAUGGAGUCUGUACGCUGAUCGAAAUGACAGAUGCUUACUCAAGUCACUGACUAUGGAAAAAUGGCAGGAGCAGCAAAUGCCAGGUGCAGAUGGUGGAGCUAUCUCAGCAGCUGUACAGGCCAGUGCAGGAUGAACUAUCCUGAGAAGGGAAGUGGCUGUUUGAUUGGAAAGCCAGCCUGAGAUUUAAGGAUAACAACUAUUGACAGAUGUCUAGAUAAGAAGUAGAACAGUCCUCUCAUCUGAUCAGCUGCUCUGACAUUCCUAAGCAGUCUGUGAGGUUUAGUACUUGGAUUAGUUUGUGGCUGUUUCUUUUGCUGAUAUUAUACUUGAUUUUUCAAUAAAGGGAAGCUGUACAGUAACCACUGGAUUAUGACCUCUCUCAUGACAGUUUUUACCUUUUAAACUUUUGUAAGCCUGACCCCAUAUCUCUUUCCACUAUUCCUGGUUCUGUUACACCCAGAAUUUACUGUGCCUUUCACUGAUUCUUCUGGAGUGGUGUGUGUUAGAGGCAGACAUUCUUCUCUUCCUUAGGCUGGAAGAGGGAUCUUCAUUCUCCAAGACAAAGCCUGAACAAUACAGCAGGAGCCUGUCUCCUGAUUAGACCUGUGCGAAUAACUGAUUUUUGUUUGCUAGCAGGU